UGAGUACACUGAGUACACUCACAGUCUGAGAGCUGAGUCUGUAUCCUAUAACUGUUAUUACCGCAGAUCCAGGGUCAGUUUAUAGUAAUCUAAGGCAUUAGAUUGAAAGGCGAGAGGCCCGUACGCAGGCAGGCAGUGUUUCUGUAACCGGGAGCGUCUCGGGCUGCUGAAUCAGGAGCAACUGCUCAACCUCCGUGCGUCUGGAGGUGUGGCCUCCUGCAGAACGUGGAGGAAUCUCUAUCCCUGUUUAAACACAGCAGUUAUUGACUGUCUCUGAUUACGCUGACGUCGACCGUUGCAAUAUGAAAGAUUGUGCCGUGAUUUUGGCAUCAUUUCUAACAGCAUGUCUGGCUGUGGAGGUGCAGUUUGGGGGUCGGGUCUCGCUGCCCUGUAACAGCUCAGCGUACGGCCGGGGGGAACUGGACGUGCAGUGGGAGGCUAUGGGAAAAGACGUUGCCUUCUUCCAGGAUGGACAGCUCGUAUCUGGAUCCGGCUACGAGGGGCGACUGGAGCUCCAGAUAUCGCAGGCUCUGGAGGGGGACUUCUCUCUGACUCUGAAUCAUGCGGUGAUGAGCGACUCUGACAUGUACGAGUGUCUGUGGCAGGGGAAGAGGAGCAUCUCCACGGUGAUACUGAAGGUCUUGCCUCCAUCGUUUCCUGAGCUACACACCAUGGUACGAGAGGGGGAAGAUGUCACACUGCCCUGCUACGCUAACAUACCCAAAAAUAAACCUCUGGAGAAAAUGUUCAUCCAGUGGUUGAAAGAUGAUAAAGAAGUGUUGCUGCUCAGCUCCGGAGAGAUCACCACGAAGUCCAUCAACGGGCACCUGGAGUUACCACCCACAGAGGACCUAAAGCAGGGCAUCCUGUCCCUGAAUAUUAACGCAGUGACAGUGUCGGACCAGGGCGUCUACAGAUGCCUCUACAGAGCUGUUGAUUUCGAAACUCCAAAGAGUGGAGAUCCUGAAACCUACACCCUCCGAGUUUUAGAGUCUACAUGGAUGGAGGAAGCUUUUAACGUCACUGAAAUGACCAGUUUAAGCAGCAGUACAGAGACUACUGAAUUAACUACCUCUACUAAUGGAGACGCCACUACAGCGCAGGACACUGGUACAGCAUCUACGCCAUGGAUGGAGGAAGCUUUUAACGUCACUGAAAUGACCAGUUUAAGCAGCAGUACAGAGACUACUGAAUUAACUACCUCUACUAAUGGAAACGCAACUACAGCGCAGGACACUGCUACAGUGACCUCAGAAAUGCUGCCACAAUCUAACACAACUAUUGACUUCACUUGGUUUAUUGAUGAUGCCAGUGAAGGCGGCACUACGAUACAGGAUACAACUGAAGAGAUUCUUCCAGAGCCAAGCCCAACUGCUGACGUUUUCGGGUUCAUUGUCGAUAACAGUGCUGACAGUACUACAAUACAGGAUACUGAAGGAGUGAUUUCACAGAUACAUCCUCAGCCAAGUCCAACUGCUCACCUUAUUGGGUUCAUUGCUGAUAACAGUGCUGACAGCACCACAGUAGAAGAUACUGUGGAAGAGACGAUACCACACCCAAGCAGGACUAAAGACUUUGCUGGGUUAGUUGCAGAUUCCAGGGAUGACAUCAACGGAGGUCAGGAUUUACUGGAAGGUGAAGGAGAAUCGUUUGAGUUGGUUCUGGAUGAGAAGGUGCCGUGGGUUCGUAUCGGGAUCAUCAGCGGAGUUCUGCUGGUCACUGCAGCGCUCAUGGGAACACUACUGGCACUGGGGAAACUUUGACGAGUAAAGAGGAAUGAGAUAAAUAUUAUAAAAAAUUAAAAUCAGUGUUAUUUGUACAGUAUAUUCAAAUAUUGUCUUGCAUUAAAAAAAGUGAUUAGUAAUUUAUGUAGAAUAAAGGGUGAUUGUGAGGUUUUUUUUUUCAUAUUUUGCCAUUAAACAAACAAACAGCUAAAUAAAACUAUCCAUUUCUGUAAUAAUAAAGAUGUUAAAGCAGAAAUGCCUAAGUUUUCUAUCCAGCAGUAGUAUUCCUAAGUUGGAACGAGACAGAAUUUCAUAAUUAAUGGUAUCAGAGUCCUGGCACAACCAUCCCUGCAAUAUCAUAUAUAUAUAUAUAUAUAUAU